AUGGCGGCCAGCUUCUUAGAGAUAGCAAUAGCAAUAGCAGUGGUUGCAGCUACUACAGUAGCAUGGAGAGUUUUCAACUGGGUCUGGUUCAUGCCAAAAAAAUUCGAAAAACACCUGAAAAAACAAGGAUUUCAUGGCAACUCGUAUCGCUUUCUGUAUGGAGAUAGCAAGGAAAACAUGUCUAUGUUAAUGGCAACAAGAUCGAACCCCGUUCCCAUCUCUGAUGAUGUUCCUUCUCGCACCACCCCUUUUCUCUGCGACCUCGUUCGCAACUAUGGUAAAAGAACCUUUUUCUGGGCUGGACCAGCACCAAGAGUAGUUAUUAUGAACCCUGAAAUGGUAAAAGAAGUUUUAAAUAAGAAUUUCAAAUAUCAAAAGACAAAGGAACACCCGAUGUUUAAGUUAUUCAUACAUGGCCUCCCAACAAUUGACGGAAGUGAGUGGACUACACACAGAAGACUUCUUAAUCCUGCAUUUCACGCUGAAAAGUUGAAGGGUAUGCUACCAGCAUUCGAUUUGUGUUGCUAUGAGAUGACAACAAAAUGGAUGGAAAUGAUAGGGGAGGAGAGAAAUUCAUGCGAGAUAGAUGUUUGGCCUUCUCUUCAAACAUUAACAAGUGACGUCAUUUCACGUACUGCAUUUGGUAGUAGCUAUCAAGAGGGACAAAAGGUAUUUAAAUUACAAAUGGAACAAGCAGACCACGCAUUUAAGGCUGUGCAACCAGUUUACUUGCCUGGAUUCAGGUUCAUACCAACUAAGAGGAACAAGAGGAUGAAGGAAAUUGCCAGAGAAGUGCGACUUUUGCUAGGAGGUGUUAUUGAAAAAAAGAUGAAGGCCGUGGAAGCAGGAGAGGAUAGCUCUGACGAUUUAUUGGGAAGAAUGUUGGAAGCAAACUCUAAAGAAGUCGGACAGGGAAAUAAAACUGUAGGAAUGAGCAUUGAAGAUGUAAUGGAAGAAUGCAAGGUGUUCUAUUUUGCUGGCCAAGACACUACCUCAGUUUUGCUUGUCUGGACGUUGGUCUUGUUAAGUAUGUACCCGGAUUGGCAAGAUCGAGCUAGACAAGAAGUGCUUCAAGUAUUCGAGGAUGGCAAAGCGGAUAUAGGCCAUCUUAAUCAUCUGAAAACUGUGGCAAUGAUUCUGUAUGAGGUUUUGAGAUUAUAUCCACCAGUAGCUGCUCUAAUUCGACAGAUAAAAGAGGAAAUUACAUUGGCAGAUAUGACCUUACUGCCAGGAAUGCAAAUUGUUUUGCCCAUAAAUCAAAUUCAUCAAGAUCAUGAUAUUUGGGGCGCUGAUGCAAAGGAGUUCAACCCUGAAAGAUUCUCAGAAGGUGUUUCAAAGGCAACAAAUAAUCAGGCAGCGGCCUUUUUCCCAUUUGGUGCAGGGCCUAGGAUCUGCAUUGGACAAAACUUUGCUUUAGUGGAAGCAAAACUAGCCAUGGCCAGGAUAUUAAGGAAGUUCUCCUUUGAGCUUUCACCAUCCUAUAAGCAUGCACCGGUCAAUAAAAUUACUCUUCAGCCCGAGUAUGGUGCUCGCUUGAUUCUACACAAGCUUUGA